GGAAGGGCCAGAUAACUAGGCGGUCACGGCUGUGCAGCAGUGGGUGGAGGCCCGCGAAAACUAGUGCAACUCCUUUGACUUCAGCAGAGAUGCAUUUGUGUGCGAGGACUGAAUCUGACCUCUGUUUUUAAGCUAGGCCUUUCAUUUUAAAGGGCAUCAUCCUGCAGCUUUUAUUCAUGGGAGAAGUCCCACUGACAUUCAUUUGCAUUUUCCUCAUCAGUAAGAACUGAAAGAUCAGACUAUACCAGCAGGACAGUCUUUUCGGCUAAUCUGGAAUUGUUGACGUAUUUCCAUUUCCAGUUUGUUUAUAACAUAGUUAGAUGGAAUUUAAAAUUGAACACACCUGGGACAGUUUACCAGUGAGUCAUGAGCCAGUAAGUGUCAGGUUGAAGUCAGGCAGUGCAGGAUUGCUGAUGGAAGUAAGUGCCCCCUUCUUUAACGAUCCUCCAGCACCACUUGGAGAGCCAGGAAAGCCUUUCAGUGGACUGUGGGACUAUGAGGUUGUAGAAGCAUUCUUCUUGAGUGAGAGAACUAAGCAGUACUUAGAAGUUGAACUCUGUCCCCAUGGACAACAUUUAUUGCUGUUGCUUUCUGGCAGAAGAAGAGUAUCGAAACAGGAACUUCCUUUAACAUUUGAAGUGUCCAGAACAGAGACCAAAUGGGAAGGCAGAGCUCAUCUUCCUUGGAGUUAUUUUCCACCAUGCACUGACAAGUUUAAUGCAUUUGCAAUUCAUGGAUCAGAAGCAAAGAGAACGUAUGAAGCACUUUACCCUGUGCCUCAGCAUGAAAUACAGAAAGGACAGAAACCAGAUUUCCAUCGCUUGGAAUUUUUCAAACAACUUAACCUGAAGAUGUUAAUGGGAGAAGAUUGGAAACAGCCUGAAUCAGAUCUGUGGUGUCAACUGACUAGAUAAAUGGAUAAAAAAAUUUAGAUAUUUGAUAUGAUUUCUGGUGGUUGAAGCUGUUGGAACCAACCUUUUCAGCUAAACUAUGAUAAGAGCUUUAGUAUGCAUUUAUAAAUGUCAUAAAAAAUGAGUGUUUGAAAGCCUGUUUAAGCGCCAAAAAAGUCAACCUUUUAAAAAGUCAAUUAUCUUCAGCAGUUAUAUCUAAAAAUCAUGGGUCAAUUGGGUAGAGGCCUCUUUUUUCUAUUAUCUCAUCAAGAUACAGAUGUGGAACUCACAUGUUCAUGUAAGAUGGAGGUGAGCCCAUUUAAGUCAUUCAGUCUAUGCCCUUGGAUUUGCUAGUGCAGAGAAAAAGAUACUCUAACUAGGGUUGUACAUUUAGGUUAUAUUUAUUCAGGUUAGAGUUCUUGGAAAAAUCCAGUGUUUGAACUGGGAUAUCUCAGGUUAUACAGUAUAAUCUCAGCAUUUCUCCCUUACAUUGAGAGAGCUUCAAAUAUUUAGAGAGAUUUUUCACUGCUGUAUGAUUUUUCAUAACUGUUGCCAUUGUGAUUCCUGUUACCACUGGUAAUUAAGUGAUAAAUUUGUCCUAUUAACUGAAUCUUG